AUAUUAUUAUCGUAUCUGAUUAUAAAUUAUUACCCAUACCUUUUUUUAAAUAUUAAAAGGGCCACCAUAAUACCACAAAUCACAAUAAUCCAAGCCGUGAGAUGAGGCACUCCGUCGUUACGAUUGUAGCACAUCUUUAAAUAUUUUCAACAUCUUUUUCUAUGGUCGACACGACUCGUCACUGGUGAGAAAGAACAAUAACUUUUAAAGAGAAGAUAUUUUUAAAUUAUUCGAUAGUCAGUGGCUCUAAAAUUAUACGACAAAAAUUAUUUAUUAUUAGUGUUAUUAUCGAUAUUUUAUUGUUGUGAUUCGAAUUUUGUAAGUUGUAACAGCUCACCAUUCCAACUUCCAAGCAUGAAUUUGUUAAAUACACCACGGUUGAAAAAAGAACUAGGACAAUUACUUAACAAACCUCCUUUUGGUAUUAAGGUGAACGUAAAAGAAGGAUCAACCUCUGUUUUAGAAGCUG